AUGGAUUUGAGAGUAGGAGGAAAGUACCGUAUCGGUAAAAAAAUUGGAUCUGGCUCGUUCGGUGAUAUUUACCUGGGUGUAAAUAUUAUCAGUGGCGAGGAAGUGGCCAUCAAGCUGGAAUCGAUCAAGGCGAAGCACCCACAGUUGGAAUAUGAAGCCAAGGUGUACAAGACCUUAGCGGGUGGUGUAGGCGUCCCAUUUGUCAGGUGGUUUGGCCAGGAAUGUGACUAUCACGCUAUGGUGAUUGACUUGCUGGGUCCAUCUCUAGAGGAUCUAUUUAAUUUCUGCAAUCGACGCUUCUCACUCAAGACAGUGCUCUUACUUGCUGACCAGAUGAUUUCGCGCGUCGAAUACAUUCACUCACGGAACUUUAUCCAUCGUGAUAUUAAGCCAGACAACUUUUUAAUGGGCAUUGGAAAACGCGGAAAUCAGGUCAACGUGAUCGAUUUCGGACUUGCUAAAAAGUACCGCGACCCCAAGACUCACCUGCACAUCCCCUACAGGGAAAACAAAAACCUCACGGGUACGGCACGAUACACAUCUAUCAACACCCAUCUCGGUGUCGAGCAGUCGCGCCGCGACGAUCUCGAGUCUCUCGGCUAUGUGCUGAUGUACUUCUUGCGUGGUUCCUUGCCAUGGCAGGGCUUAAAAGCAGCUACGAAGAAGCAAAAGUAUGAGCGAAUUAUGGAGAAAAAGAUGAUGACGCCGACUGAGUCGCUGUGCCGUGGCUUCCCGACGGAAAUGGCUAUAUACCUCAACUGUUGUCGCUCUCUCCGUUUUGAUGACCGGCCGGACUACAGUUACCUCCGAAAGCUCUUCCGCGACCUAUUCGUGCGUGAAGGAUACCAGUAUGACUAUGUAUAUGACUGGAGCAUCCAGCCUCGGGACAGGGUUGAGCAACCAUCGCGUGGCUUAGCUCCUCAAACAGGAGCUGCGGAAGAGCAAACACAGCAAAAGGCCGCAGCAGCUGCAGGUCAGGCGCAAAGGCGCCGUGUACUGCCCCAAGACCAAGCAGCUGGCAUCACAGAACCAGCUGCACGUGCUCCGAUCAUGCCGUCGACAGCGGACUACGCGCGCAUGCCGGCUGCCUUAACGGGAGAGCGUGGCACGGCGGACGCACCAAACGUUGUGAACGCCACCGCUUCUGGGGUGAUGGGCAACGGAGCUCCAGUUUAUGCAAAUGAUGCACAGCCUCUGAAUGAAGCAGAGUGGCGUUAA